AUGAGAAGGCCCGUCCAAGCGUCCAGGGCUCCCUCGAACAACCUUCACCAACUCGCAUUCCCGCAACACCGACCCACCAACCACGGGCUCGGCAUUGCGGCGUGUAAAAUUGCCGGAUUCUACGCGAAUCUCGCCAUGCCGGCCCUCCGCAAGUCUGCCCGGGAGCGCGACUUUCGAUCGCAACAAAGGUCGAGCACAACACCAUACGCCUCACCCACUGGCACACCCAACGAGCCCACCCACGACAAGAAGCAGCGCUCAAUCACCGAGUGGACUGAACCUCAACCGCAAACUCUCGCUCCCUCAUUCGAAGAGCACGGUUUUGCGCGCCACGGCGUGUUGGAAAAUAUGGCUCCCCUCGGUGUACCCCCCAAAGCAAAGGACAAGCAGCGCGCGCGCGCUCUCGAAGGACCGGCUCCUCGAAACUCGCUGCUGGCGAAGAGCAUGGCUUUUGGCGACGAGGCUGGGUCUACGCCAGAGGUCACUCCUGCUCCCGAGCUCGAGCCGGACGACUCUGAGCGGCAAGAGGAGGAUGAGAUGCAGGCUGGCUUCCCCAUCCUUGAGGACGACGAGGACGAUGACUACGAGCCCACCAAGACGAAGAAGAAGGUCAAGGUGUCUAAAACUCCCGUCAGGGGCAAGACGCCUGUCACUGGCAAGACUCCUGUCAAAAACGGCUACAGCAAGAGCACCUCUGUCUCCGCAAGCCCUGCUGUGCAAGCCAUUUCCAUGUCGGAACCGGUCGAAGCCACUACUCAGCGCAUACAGAUUGCCGUCAACGAUGCCAUUUCAAAGGCAAACGGCCAACAGGGUAGGCGUUAUGUGGGUGUCGCUUUGAGACGCGCUUUCGAGCACAGCAAGAACGACCCCGAACUAGCAGAUGCUAUAGAUGCAAUCAUCCAUGAGAACAGCACGGAUGCGCAGCUCCAUCGUUUCCGCAAAUUCAUCAAAAUGGUUAAGCACGAAGAGAAGAUUAAACUGGGUCUGAGCAAAGACCGACGCUAUGACCAAGCAUCCGCUGUGAGCCACGGGUCUUCCUUCUUCAGCCAACAACCAUCCCCACGGGCUAGCAGUGAAAUCGUCCCCGACGACUCCGUCUCUGCUGCAUAUGACUAUGCGGAUCAAAAGCCAAUAAAACAGACGGAUUUUUCCACCGGCAACACACACGAGGCACUGCAAUCGGCGCUCGACCAAAAGUCGACGCAAAUGCAGCCCCAUCCCUUUAGCACAGCCCCUGCCCUCCAAGCAACAGCAGAAUCAUCAGCAGAUUCAACACCAAGGAUGCCUUCAAAGUCGCCCCGAAAACGGGCGACGACCAACGGGGAUCGUCCGAUGGAAAUCGAUGUUGGUUUGUCUGCAACAGCCCCCACUCCUGUAACAAGGACGCCCGACACAGGAGCAAGUGACUCUGAGUUGUCCGACGUCAACGAGGAGAUUGUCCAAAAAGGUCCCCCAGAGCCGGUGCAGGUCAACGGCAAGGGUACUGCUGCUGCGGCAGCAACUGCGGCAAAGAAGGCGAAAAAUGCUGCUCAUGCACGCGCUGCCAAAAAGACCAAAGCCAACAUGGGGAAGCUGUUCGGGAAGCAUGCCUACAAACAACAGCCACCUACUGCGGAGCAGCAAGCGGAAGAAGAUCGACUUUACGAGAUGCGCAAGUCACUGGUGGAAGAACAGCCUAUCCGUCACUUUGAGCAGAAUCCUCCUCCCGUCUCUGACGUCCGCUUUGAUGACGAGAUCCUUGAGACUGAGUCUUUGACUGAAUCUCAAAUCGCCGUAGGACCACCUAUGGACUCUGAUCAACCGCGACGCGCUGGACGAGUUCCAAACCACGGUACCAAGCGUCUGCGAGAGGACCCGUCACGAUUUUCCUCACCGCAGUUCGAGUCGGCUGCGGCGACCCGGCCUUCAACACCUGCGGUCGGGCCGGCACCCAAGCGGGUCAAGCUCACUAAUGGACAGGGUGCCAGGACUAAACGAUCGCCGGUCAAAAAUCGAGAUGCAGGACCUAUUGCCGGUGUAGCAUUUACUGGUGGUGGCGGUUCGAGACAGUUGGGGCCUGAUGACAAUGACCCACACUCGCCGCAGUCUGAGAGCGACGACUUUUGCUCUGCGUGUAGGGGCGCAGGCGAGUUUGUGUGUUGCGAAACCUGCCCACGCGUCUUCCAUUUGCUGUGCUGUGAUCCUCCGCGAACACAGGUACCUGAUGGAGCCUUUUACUGCUACGAGUGCAAUGCGAAGUUUGCCGCACACGAUGACUCCGCGGACUCUCAUCCAUCUCUGGGUCUGCUAUUCAACAAGCUCGAACGCACGAACCCUCGCGCGUUUGCCCUGCCUCAAGACAUCCAGAAUAUGUUCGAGGGCGUUUCUGCACGCCCUGAUGGCUCAUAUUGUGAGGAGGUCAAGAAGUUCCCACUCGCAAAGAACAGUGGCUACGGGUACCAGAAGCCUGAAUACACAAAAACCUUAGAUGCCGAGCAGAAGGUCAUCUUGUGUACCCAGUGUGGCGUGUCGAGCGGCAAUAAGCGCCAGAUGCUCAAGUGCGACUUUUGUCACGCGUACUGGCAUUUGGACUGCGUCGACCCACCUCUUGCCAACCCACCACACAUCAGUCUUGAGGCGUCUCAGCGAGAUGCCUGGAGAUGUCCUCGACAUAUUGAAAACGAUCUUCGCAGUGGUUUACUUUUGCAGAAUGAUCUAAAUUCCAAUGAUCAGGACGCUGAAAUGGCCGAUGCUGCGCCGGUUACCCGGAUCCCACGCAAAGUUCGAGUGCUCAAGAAACCCGAGUAUGUUGAGCCAACGUUUUCACGUGGCAUGCGCAACAACGGGCUGAUUGACAUCAUGAACGACAGCGACGACGACACUGACGGCGAAGGCAACUACGUAUUCGGCGAGAACGAUCCAAAGGAUGUCAACUCCAAAAUUUUCCGUGUUCCCGAGAAGGGUCUCAUUCUCGACUUUGUCAGCAAGGUCAAGAGUGGCCGUGUUGCAAAGAAGCUUGAAGCCAACAAGGCCGGAGAGCGUGCGGCGCAGCGCAAGGCGUCUAUCCAACACUACCUCGCGCAUCCUAUUGAACAGCAACAGGCAGCACUUACGCUAGCACAGCUGGCAAAGAAGGAACCGGAAGUCGACCUGAGCGAGGGUAAAGUCCAUGCGCUCAUCUAUGGUCUCACCUCCGAAGCUCCCCCGAAUGUCAUCACUGCCAUGUCCAACGCAGAUCCAGCACCACUCACGCAAAAAGAGCGUGCAGAGUUGGAGAAGCUUCAGCACCUCAUCAACAUCCGUCUUGGGGCGUGA